UAUACCAAUACAAUUCAAUCAAAUUCAUCUACUGUUACUGAACUGAUCUCAUUCUACAGCACCACCAAUUUCGCUGGUGACGAAGUUCUGGUUUCUACCACCUACACCCUAGGACCUCUAUCUGAUCCAGCUGCUUCCACAACCGAAAUAGUAUCAGGAUCAUCUACUGUUACUGAAGUGAUCUCCUUCUACAGCACCACCAAUUCCGCUGGUGACGAAGUUCUGGUUCCUACCACCUACACCCUAGGACCGCUAUCAGUUCCAGCUGCUUCCACAACCGAAGUAGUAUCAGGAUCAUCUACUGCUACCGAAGUCGUAUCCUUCUACAGCACCACCAAUUCCGCUGGUGACGAAGUUCUGGUUUCUACCACCUACACCCUAGGUCCUCUAUCAGUUCCAGCUGUUUACACAACCGAAGUAGUAUCAGGAUCAUCUACCUUUACCGAAGUCGUUUCCUUCUACAGCACCACCAAUUCCGCUGGUGACGAAGUUCUGGUUUCUACCACCUACACCCUAGAUCCUCUAUCAGUUCCAGCUGUUUACACAACCGAAGUAGUAUCAGGAUCAUCUACUGCUACAGAAGUCGUAUCCUUCUACAGCACCACCAAUUCCGCUGGUGACGAAGUUGUGGCUUCUACCACCUACACCCUAGGUCCUCUAUCAGUUCCAGCUGCUUACACAACCGAAGUAGUAUCAGGAUCAUCUACUGCUACAGAAGUCGUAUCUUUCUACAGCACCACCAAUUCCGCUGGUGACGAAGUUGUGGCUUCUACCACCUACACCCUAGGUCCUCUAUCAGUUCCAGCUGUUUACACAACCGAAGUAGUAUCAGGAUCAUCUACUGCUACAGAAGUCGUUUCCUUCUACAGCACCACCAAUUCCGCUGGUGACGAAGUUGUGGCUUCUACCACCUACACCCUAGGUCCUCUAUCAGUUCCAGCUGUUUACACAAGCGAAGUAGUAUCAGGAUCAUCUACUGCUACAGAAGUCGUUUUCUUCUACAGCACCACCAAUUCCGCUGGUGACGAAGUUGUGGCUUCUACCACCUACACCCUAGGUCCUCUAUCAGUUCCAGCUGUUUACACAACCGAAGUAGUAUCAGGAUCAUCUACUGCUACAGAAGUCGUUUCCUUCUACAGCACCACCAAUUCCGCUGGUGACGAAGUUCUGGUUUCUACCACCUACACCCUAGGUCCUCUAUCAGUUCCAGCUGUUUACACAACCGAAGUAGUAUCAGGAUCAUCUACUGCUACAGAAGUCGUAUCCUUCUACAGCACCACCAAUUCCGCUGGUGACGAAGUUGUGGCUUCUACCACCUACACCCUAGGUCCUCUAUCAGUUCCAGCUGUUUACACAACCGAAGUAGUAUCAGGAUCAUCUACCUUUACCGAAGUCGUUUCCUUCUACAGCACCACCAAUUCCGCUGGUGACGAAGUUCUGGUUUCUACCACCUACACCCUAGAUCCUCUAUCAGUUCCAGCUGUUUACACAACCGAAGUAGUAUCAGGAUCAUCUACUGCUACAGAAGUCGUAUCCUUCUACAGCACCACCAAUUCCGCUGGUGACGAAGUUGUGGCUUCUACCACCUACACCCUAGGUCCUCUAUCAGUUCCAGCUGUUUACACAACCGAAGUAGUAUCAGGAUCAUCUACUGCUACCGAAGUCGUAUCCUUCUACAGCACCACCAAUUCCGCUGGUGACGAAGUUGUGGCUUCUACCACCUACACCCUAGGUCCUCUAUCAGUUCCAGCUGUUUACACAAGCGAAGUAGUAUCAGGAUCAUCUACUGCUACAGAAGUCGUUUCCUUCUACAGCACCACCAAUUCCGCUGGUGACGAAGUUGUGGCUUCUACCACCUACACCCUAGGUCCUCUAUCAGUUCCAGCUGUUUACACAACCGAAGUAGUAUCAGGAUCAUCUACUGCUACAGAAGUCGUUUCCUUCUACAGCACCACCAAUUCCGCUGGCGACGAAGUUCUGACUUCUACCACCUACACCCUAGGUCCUCUAUCAGUUCCAGCUGCUUACACAAGCGAAGUAGUAUCAGGAUCAUCUACUGCUACCGAAGUCGUAUCCUUCUACAGCACCACCAAUUCCGCUGGUGACGAAGUUGUGGCUUCUACCACCUACACCCUAGGUCCUCUAUCAGUUCCAGCUGCUUACACAAGUGAAGUAGUAUCAGGAUCAUCUACUGCUACAGAAGUCGUAUCUUUCUACAGCACCACCAAUUCCGCUGGUGACGAAGUUCUGACUUCUACCACCUACACCCUAGGUCCUCUAUCAGUUCCAGCUGCUUACACAACCGAAGUAGUAUCAGGAUCAUCUACUGCUACCGAAGUCGUAUCCUUCUACAGCACCACCAAUUCCGCUGGUGACGAAGUUCUGGCUUCUACCACCUACACCCUAGGUCCUCUAUCAGUUCCAGCUGCUUACACAAGCGAAGUAGUAUCAGGAUCAUCUACUGCUACAGAAGUCGUAUCCUUCUACAGCACCACCAAUUCCGCUGGUGACGAAGUUGUGACUUCUACCACCUACACCCUAGGUCCUCUAUCAGUUCCAGCUGCUUACACAACCGAAGUAGUAUCAGGAUCAUCUACUGCUACAGAAGUCGUAUCUUUCUACAGCACCACCAAUUCCGCUGGUGACGAAGUUCUGGCUUCUACCACCUACACCCUAGGUCCUCUAUCAGUUCCAGCUGUUUACACAACCGAAGUAGUAUCAGGAUCAUCUACUGCUACAGAAGUCGUUUCCUUCUACAGCACCACCAAUUCCGCUGGUGACGAAGUUGUGGCUUCUACCACCUACACCCUAGGUCCUCUAUCAGUUCCAGCUGUUUACACAACCGAAGUAGUAUCAGGAUCAUCUACUGCUACCGAAGUCGUAUCCUUCUACAGCACCACCAAUUCCGCUGGUGACGAAGUUCUGGCUUCUACCACCUACACCCUAGGUCCUCUAUCAGUUCCAGCUGCUUACACAAGCGAAAUAGUAUCAGGAUCAUCUACUGCUACAGAAGUCGUAUCCUUCUACAGCACCACCAAUUCCGCUGGUGACGAAGUUGUGACUUCUACCACCUACACCCUAGGUCCUCUAUCAGUUCCAGCUGUUUACACAACCGAAGUAGUAUCAGGAUCAUCUACUGCUACAGAAGUCGUAUCCUUCUACAGCACCACCAAUUCCGCUGGUGACGAAGUUGUGGCUUCUACCACCUACACCCUAGGUCCUCUAUCAGUUCCAGCUGUUUACACAACCGAAGUAGUAUCAGGAUCAUCUACUGCUACAGAAGUCGUAUCCUUCUACAGCACCACCAAUUCCGCUGGUGACGAAGUUCUGGUUUCUACCACCUACACCCUAGGUCCUCUAUCAGUUCCAGCUGUUUACACAACCGAAGUAGUAUCAGGAUCAUCUACCGUUACCGAAGUCGUUUCCUUCUACAGCACCACCAAUUCCGCUGGUGACGAAGUUCUGGUUUCUACCACCUACACCCUAGAUCCUCUAUCAGUUCCAGCUGUUUACACAACCGAAGUAGUAUCAGGAUCAUCUACUGCUACCGAAGUCGUAUCUUUCUACAGCACCACCAAUUCCGCUGGUGACGAAGUUGUGGCUUCUACCACCUACACCCUAGGUCCUCUAUCAGUUCCAGCUGUUUACACAACCGAAGUAGUAUCAGGAUCAUCUACUGCUACCGAAGUCGUAUCCUUCUACAGCACCACCAAUUCCGCUGGUGACGAAGUUGUGGCUUCUACCACCUACACCCUAGGUCCUCUAUCAGUUCCAGCUGUUUACACAACCGAAGUAGUAUCAGGAUCAUCUACUGCUACAGAAGUCGUAUCCUUCUACAGCACCACCAAUUCCGCUGGUGACGAAGUUGUGGCUUCUACCACCUACACCCUAGGUCCUCUAUCAGUUCCAGCUGUUUACACAACCGAAGUAGUAUCAGGAUCAUCUACUGCUACAGAAGUCGUUUCCUUCUACAGCACCACCAAUUCCGCUGGUGACGAAGUUCUGGUUUCUACCACCUACACCCUAGAUCCUCUAUCAGUUCCAGCUGUUUACACAACCGAAGUAGUAUCAGGAUCAUCUACUGCUACAGAAGUCGUAUCCUUCUACAGUACCACCAAUUCCGCUGGUGACGAAGUUGUGGUUUCUACCACCUACACCCUAGGUCCUCUAUUAGUUCCAGCUGUUUACACAACCGAAGUAGUAUCAGGAUCAUCUACUGCUACAGAAGUGGUAUCCUUCUACAGCACCACCAAUUCCGCUGGUGACGAAGUUCUGGUUUCUACCACCUACACCCUAGGUCCUCUAUCAGUUCCAGCUGCUUACACAACCGAAGUAGUAUCAGGAUCAUCUACUGCUACCGAAGUCGUAUCCUUCUACAGCACCACCAAUUCCGCUGGUGACGAAGUUGUGGCUUCUACCACCUACACCCUAGGUCCUCUAUCAGUUCCAGCUGCUUACACAAGCGAAGUAGUAUCAGGAUCAUCUACUGCUACAGAAGUCGUAUCCUUCUACAGCACCACCAAUUCCGCUGGUGACGAAGUUGUGGCUUCUACCACCUACACCCUAGGUCCUCUAUCAGUUCCAGCUGUUUACACAACCGAAGUAGUAUCAGGAUCAUCUACUGCUACAGAAGUCGUUUCCUUCUACAGCACCACCAAUUCCGCUGGUGACGAAGUUGUGGCUUCUACCACCUACACCCUAGGUCCUCUAUCAGUUCCAGCUGUUUACACAACCGAAGUAGUAUCAGGAUCAUCUACCGUUACCGAAGUCGUUUCCUUCUACAGCACCACCAAUUCCGCUGGUGACGAAGUUCUGGUUUCUACCACCUACACCCUAGAUCCUCUAUCAGUUCCAGCUGUUUACACAACCGAAGUAGUAUCAGGAUCAUCUACUGCUACAGAAGUCGUUUCCUUCUACAGCACCACCAAUUCCGCUGGUGACGAAGUUGUGGCUUCUACCACCUACACCCUAGGUCCUCUAUCAGUUCCAGCUGUUUACACAACCGAAGUAGUAUCAGGAUCAUCUACUGCUACAGAAGUCGUAUCCUUCUACAGCACCACCAAUUCCGCUGGUGACGAAGUUGUGGCUUCUACCACCUACACCCUAGGUCCUCUAUUAGUUCCAGCUGUUUACACAACCGAAGUAGUAUCAGGAUCAUCUACUGCUACAGAAGUUGUAUCGUUUUAUAAUACCUUCUAUGAUUCCCAGGUUCAGAGAGUUUCAAUGUAUGAUGCUCCAGUAGGAUAUUUUAAUGUGUCUUCCGUUGUUGUUUUAAGUAAAAGUUUAGAUUUUGUUAUUAGUAGUAACAGUGGAAUUCGUAGCGCACCUGUUGAAAGUUGUUUAUCAAGUACUGUUAUUAUUUUGAGACAUUAUUCAGUGAAUGCUGAUGGUACUGCCACCAUACUAAGUAAAUCUUCCAGCAAAGAGACAGACUCUGUAUUUACAAAUCAUAAAUCUUCAAAGGCCAAUCCAAUAUCCAGUAAUUUAAUAUGCACUUCUUGCGAUGUGACAUCUUCAACUAAUGUUGAAUCAGUACAUAGAUCCACUGAUAUAAUUGGAUCGAUUCCAGAGAAUUUGUCAAACGUUAGAACCUCAUUUAUGAGCUCUCCUAUUGCUAGGGAGACUCCUACAGCAACAGAAAAUAAUAGUUCGGACAAAACAGUCAAUGAUGUUACUAUACUAAUUAUUUCUAGCGAUAAAAUUGUUAUAACCUCAUCAAUUCCAUCAUCUUCUGCUGCUAGUGAGACUACUAACCUAACGGACAAUACUGCUACUCACAUUACUUCAAACGACCCAACAGACAACACUUCUACUCACAUUACUUCAACCGACCCAGCAGAUAAUACUACAAGUACAACCUCAUCAGUUCCACCAGCUUCUGUUGCUAGUGAGAUUACUAACCCAACAGACAACACUUCUACUCACAUUACUUCAACCGACUCUGCAAGUCACACAACUGUUAUAACCUCAUCAAUUCCAUCAUCUUCUGCUGCUAGUGAGACUACUAACCUAACAGACAACACUUCUACUCACAUUACUUCAACCGACUCUGCAAGUCACACAACUGUUAUAACCUCAUCAGUUCCACCAUCUUAUGCUGCUAGUGAGACUACUAACCCAACAGACAACACUUCUACUCACAUUACUUCAACCGACUCUGCAAGUCACACAACUGUUAUAACCUCAUCAGUUCCACCAGCUUCUGUUGCUGGUGAGAUUACUAACCCAACAGACAACACUUCUACUCACAUUACUUCAACCGACUCUGCAAGUCACACAACUGUUAUAACCUCAUCAGUUCCACCAUCUUAUGCUGCUAGUGAGACUACUAACCCAACAGACAACACUUCUACUCACAUUACUUCAACCGACUCUGCAAGUCACACAACUGUUACAACCUCAUCAGUUCCACCAGCUUCUGUUGCUGGUGAGAUUACUAACCCAACAGACAACACUUCUACUCACAUUACUUCAACCGACUCUGCAAGUCACACAACUGUUAUAACCUCAUCAGUUCCACCAGCUUCUGUUGCUGGUGAGAUUACUAACCCAACAGACAAUACUGCUACUCACAUUACUUCAACCGACAAAGCAGAUAAUACUACAAGUACGACCUCAUCAGUUCCAAAUUCUAAUACACAAAGUGUAACUACAUUAGUUCCAUCAGGUAGCUCUAUGACGGCCGUAUCUUCAGAUUUGAAUAUUUUUGUCACUGAUGAUGUCACAUCUUCUGGAUCUAACCCAUCUGCUACUGUAUGUAUUUCUUCUACUUAUGAAGGUGCAGGUGUAUCACGUAAGAUGAGCAAUUCCUUAUCCGGUUUGAUUGGUAUGAUUGUUUUGGCAAUUUUGGUUUAG